AUGUCUUCAACUAUUACUCAGACUUUUGCUCUUGCCACUGAGAGCAAGAGUGCCCAACGUCGGGAUUUACCUACGCAGAUCCUCCAUGCCGAUGAGGAGGCCUACGCAAAACAGCUAGAGCCUUUUGGUGGCAAAGAGGAUAUGACAAAGGGUGGAGAUGUUUACUAUCCAAAUCCUCCAAAAAUGGCUGUUGAUAUCACGGUUGGUGAUUUGACCGGCCGCGAACACGAGUUCAACCUUGAAGAAAACGGAUUUUGCCUCGCAAAGCAGGUGACUAAGGUAAUGAAGACAACUGAAGACCUUCAGAACAAUAAGAAGAUCAAAGAGGAGUAUUACCCUGAGAUGCAAGCUUGGCUGAAGGAGUUAACCGGCGCACCUAUUGUGAAAGUUAUACACCAUGGAUCUCGAGUGAGCACCAGCGUGCAUACCGCCAACAGCAUCAAAAAGGAAGAAAUCAGCCAGGUUACCCGGCCCGGUCCAGCUGUUUUUGGGGCACAUCUCGACCAGUCGACCUGGCAGGGAUUCAAUGUCAUCCAUAAAUAUUUUCCCGAUGAAUGCGAGUCCUUGCUUCACGGUCGCUGCAUUAUUGUGAACGCAUGGCGUCCAAUCAAGACUGUAUAUAAACACCCCUUCGGAAUUGCCGACGCUAGCACCGUACCUUAUACAGAUCUCGUUGUUCGUGCCAACAGAUGGCUCACGGAGAUCCGAGAAUCGAUGGGUAUCCGACCAAAUCCAACUGUCCACAAAUGGUAUUAUAAGUUCGCCCAGGCCGCCGACGAAGUUUUGGUCUUCAAACAGUUCGAUAACUUUGGUGACGCCAGAGCGUGCCCACAUUCCGCCUUCAUUGACCCCGACUAUGAAGAUGCGGAACCUAGAGAGAGCAUUGAAGUUAGAGCAAUUCUUCUGUGGCCUGAUGACAAGAGUACUGUUUUGUCUUGA